UUUUCGAUUUUCCACAACACAAUAUAUUUUUAGACACACCAAGGCGAUCUGACAGAGGUUGGCCUUUUUGGACGAAACUUUCAACUUGAUUUUUACAACACAGAAACAAUGCUCCAUCGAAUUCUAAAUACAACAGGGCCCUUUACACAGUUUGCAAGAAACCUCACACAAGUUUCAGGACUUAAUGAUGUAGUGAUUGUGAGUGCUGUGCGGACCCCAGUUGGCUCCUUCCUCAGCCGUCUGGCCCCUCUCACAGCUCCACAGCUGGGUUCUAUUGCAAUCAAGAAUGCUGUCGAAAGAGCAGGUAUAGCUCCAGAUGCGGUACAGGAGGUGUAUAUGGGAAAUGUGCUACAAGGCAUGGAGGGUCAGGCCCCCUGUCGCCAGGCAACACUAGGGGCAGGUCUGCCAAUCAUUACACCAACAACAACGGUGAACAAGGUGUGUGCAUCUGGUAUGAAGUCUGUCAUGAUGGCUGCCCAGAGCAUUAUGUGUGGACACCAGGAAGUGAUGGUUGCUGGGGGGAUGGAGAGCAUGUCCAAUGCCCCGUACUACAUGAAGCGUGGAGUGACGCCCUAUGGCAAGGUUGAGCUACUGGAUGCUAUUGUGUAUGACGGUCUCACAGAUGCCUAUGGAAAGUUUCACAUGGGUGUAUGUGGAGAGAACACAGCAAAAAAGAUGAACAUAAGCCGUGAAGCCCAGGAUGAUUAUGCAAUAAGGAGCUAUAAAUUGAGCCAGGCCGCAGCAGAGGCAGGGGCAUUCAAGGAUGAGAUCGUCCCUGUACAGAUACCAACAAAAAAAGGUGACCCGGUGACUGUAAGUGAGGAUGAGGAAUACACCAAAGCCAACUUCGCAAAGUUUCCCCAGCUCAAGGCCGUCUUCCAGAAGGAUGGGACCAUUACUGCAGCCAAUGCAAGCACACUGAAUGACGGUGCUGGGGCCAUCGUGCUUAUGUCUGCCAAGGCUGCUGACCGCCUAAAGGUCAAACCCCUUGCUAGAAUUCUUGGGUUUGCUGAUGCAGCCAUAGAUCCAAUAGACUUCCCUACAGCGCCCGCUUACGCCAUUCCAAAGGUGUUGGAGAGUGCGGGUGUUAAAACGGAGGACGUCACCAUGUGGGAGAUCAAUGAGGCAUUCAGCGUCGUCGUCCUUGCCAACGUGCAGAUGCUCGGCCUUGAUAUGGACAAAGUCAACAUACAUGGAGGCGCCGUCAGUCUUGGGCACCCCAUUGGUAUGUCGGGUAACCGGAUCACCACUCACAUGGUCCACGCCCUGAAACCUGGGCAGAAGGGACUCGCAGGUAUCUGUAAUGGAGGUGGAGGGGCCUCUGCUAUACUCAUAGAGAAACUCUGAAUGCAGAUCUGCAAGGUACCCCAGUCACGGAAAUCUGACUUCUAGACCAACCAGCCACAAGUUGACUUGGCUUAAAAAACUAACAAGACCUGCCGUGUAGGAUUUAAAUUUUGAACAAACCUGGUAAAUACUAGUAUUAUACCUGUGCAGGGCUGUAGGAUUGAGCUGAUUUUGACCACUGGUACCAUAUAGACAAACUGUGAAUAGUGUUGUGACUAUAAAUAGUGUGUGACUGCACAUAAAGAAUUGUGUGGGUGUGCCUUUUGUGGGACUGGGCAUUUAUUGAUACAUUCAGGUCAUUGAUGUCCGACAUUGACAUUUUUAUGAAUGGCAGCCAUACUGCUUGUAUUGGAAUUGUGUUUUACGCAUAACAAGUGUUUGUGAUAUUAUGAAAUUAUUUUGUUGUAAACUAAUAAACUAUGAAGGUGUGACGUAAUUAAAAUUUUAAUGAUA